GUUUUGUUGGAUUUGUGCCAUAGCAGAGUGAAAAAGUACGCAGAAUCAAAGCACAGAACUGCUUUCAAGGUUGAAACAAAUCCAGAAUUUUUAAACGCUGCCGUGCUGGUUCCCAUUUUCCUCAAAGACGGAUCUCUUCACAUUCUUCUCACAUUGCGAUCACAGCAGGUGCCCACCCAUAAAGGACAUGUAGCAUUUCCUGGUGGAAAAGAAGAAGAUGGUGAUAAAAACAUCGUGGAUACAGCUUUAAGAGAAGCCCACGAAGAAGUAGGUUUGUCGCCUGGAAUUGUAGAGGUGAUUGGUGUGCUGAGUCCUGUCAUUUCUCGGGCAAGAGAUAAGGCCAUGUACGUGUAUCCAGUUGUUGGCAUCGUCAAGUCACAGUUUGACUUGCUAAUAAAUAGCUCAGAGGUUGAAUCUACGUUUGACGUUCCCCUAGAGUUCUUCCUCCUCAAGGCAACACAUAGACGGGAGAAAAUGACAUUCAAAAGUAAAAUAUUUGACAUACACUUGUUCGACUUUGAAACGAGUGAUGAUAAGCAUCAAGAGAAGUCCUUGAAGUUUUGUAUUUGGGGCCUGACGGCUUCAAUUUGUUUGGUAGUGGCCAUUUUAGCGUUAAAUAAGCUCCCUGAGUUUGAGCUCGAAGAGCACUUCUCACAGUUGAUGCAAUAUAUAACAGGAUUAAAUACAGGAGAAAGUGAUUUUAAGUCCUUGAGUAGAAUAUGACAAAGAUCAAACUCAGAUGUGGCUUUAUCACUUUUUGAUCUCACUAUUUUGAUCAUACAAUAUAAUGAGU